AUCGAUAUAUUCAUAUAUAUAUUUAACAUCGCUAGGACAAACAAAAACAAAAAUUAUAUUUCGUCGCCCAAGGAACAAAUUGCGUUGUUUUUUUGUGAUAUACUAGCUAAUUUUAGAUACAUAUUAGUACGGAAGCUCUAAAAUCGAACUUUGGAUUGGAUUUAGAUUGUGAAAUUACGCUGUAAAACCACGUAGCUCAAAAAUGCCCAUUGAUACGCGGGAGUUGAUGGAGGCGAUUGCCAUUGUGGCCGACGAGCGGAAUGUUCGUGUCGCCGUAAAGCAGUCUGGCAAGGGAGCAGCUAUUUGUGGAGCCUGCGCCUUCGCUGGCGGAAUGCUUUUGGGCCCUGUGGGUCUGGCAGUUGGCGGUGCUGCCGGUGGCAUUGCGGCGUACAAAAUGACUAGCGGCUCAUUUAGGCCCCUUGGCGAAGUAAUACUCAACGACCUGACGGACAGACAGCGCGAGCACUUGGUGCAGCAUGUGUCCAAGGCCGUUGCUGAGAUACAUCCCACCGACAUAGUGAUGCUGCUGCCGCUGAUAGUCCAGAAUGCAUCGAUACAACAAGCUGUUCUCAAUACCGUCAUGUCAUUUGUAACAAAUGAGCUGCGAAUGCAAAUUAUUGAUUGACGAUCUGUAGUUGAAGCUCAUGCCAUUUGCGUAAUUCAAUGGAAAAAUUUACUUAGUAAUGUUGUGAUUUGUAGGUUUAUUAAUAAAUACUUUAUAUUUACAAUCCA